UUAUUCGUCAGUUAAUUUUCAUCUGUGCUUUCGAUCUGAUCUUCAUCACCUUUGAGAGAGAGACAUGGCUGUUGCUGCUUAUGCAUCCUUGCUUUCUAUUACUCAUCUCCUCAAUAACCUCCACUACCGUGCCAGCUUCAAUCUCCCUCGGGUCGACAAUAAUCAAGUCGAAGCUCUCCAGGAACAUGUCAGUUCCUUGCUAGAAUUUGUCGAGCUUCAUUCCGAAAGGAAGAGCUCUGAGCUUCAAGGUUUGUGGAAGGAACUCGCUGAGGUUUCCACAGAAGCAGAAGGUGCCAUAAACUUCCACAUAGCCAAUCUACUGUAUGCGAAAUCUCAAGGAGAAACGAGUGAUACUUCCAACUUCUCAGCUCUCUGUGAAGAAAUGGAGACACUGAUAAAAAAGUUCUGCUCCAUCAAAAAGGAGUUGUCACUGAUAGAAGAAGGAGAGGAUAAUCAAUCCCAAAAGCAACCCACUCCUUUUGUUCCUGCUGGUGGUUCAUCCGCAGCUUCUUCACAUGUCAGCAAUGUCGUGGUGGGAUUGGAUGAGCACGUGGAUACGAUCAGGAACAAGCUCAUCAGAGGUAGUUUUAAUCUCCAAAUUCUGCCCAUCGUUGGGAUGGGGGGAAUUGGUAAGACCACUCUCGCUAAAAGUGUCUUUGAUGAUAGGUUUGUUGUCGACCACUUUGAUUUACUCAUUUGGCUUUCGAUUUCUCAACAGUAUAGUGUUGAACAUAUACUUAAAGUUGGCCUUGGAGAAAUGGUAUUAGAAAAUCAAAUAUUGGAAAGUUUAGAUGCGUUGGGAACUAGAUUCUACCAAAAAUUAUUCGGUAGAAGGUAUCUGAUUGUCAUGGAUGACAUGUGGACAACUGGUGCUUGGGAUGAUCUACGGAGGUUUUUUCCCAACAAUGAGAAUGGAAGUCGAAUUUUAUUGACGACAAGGCUUUCUGACAUGGCUGCUUCUUUAGGAUCUUAUGAUCCUUACAUGCUAACUUUUUUAGACGAGGAUAAAAGUUGGAACUUAUUUUGCCAAAGUACUUUUUCAAAAACUUUUUGUCCAUACAGCCAUUUAGAGAGAUUUGCAAAAGAUAUUGCAAAAAGUUGCAGAGGGCUUCCUCUAGCAAUUAUUGUUGUUGGUCGUGUUCUUGCGAAUUCUGACAUGACUGCAAAACAUUGGGAGAAUAUUGGGAAAAGUAUUACUUCACUCGCUAAUUUAGGAGAUGACGAGCAUUGUAUGACAAUACUUUCUUUAAGUUAUAAGAGCUUGCCCAUUCAUCUCAAACAAUGCUUUCUAUAUAUGCGAGUUUUUCGAGAAGAUGAGUUAAUAUUAAUCUCGAGGCUAAUCAGCUCUUGGAUUGUUGAAGGAUUCAUUAAACCCUCAUGUAAUAGAAGUUUGGAAGAUAUUGCCAACGAGUAUGUACGUACUUUGAUCAAUCGAAACCUCAUAUUUGCUAAUGGUACACUACGUUGUGGUAUCCACGAUCUUUUACGGGACCUUUGUUCAAGAGAGUACGAGAAUGAAGGUAUUCUCCAAUUUCCAAGAGCACAAAAUGAUGAUUUAUUGUUGGGAAAAGCUCGUCGAUGUAGCCUUUGUUAUAAUAAAGUCAAGGACGACGAAGCAGGAACGCACGUUCUAAAGCCAUUUCAUGUCUUUGGAUCAUCGUCACAAGUUACUCCUUCCUCUUGUGGUUCCUGUAAAAUGGUUUAUUCCCGUGUUGAAAUACCUACUUUGGUGAAGAUUGCAUAUUACAAUGAUGAUUUAGAGAAGGAAAAAUUGCAGCCGAUAGAAUUGCGUCAUGUUAGCUUAGAUGAGCCUAAAUUAUUGUCUCCAUCAACAUUACAUAUACUUUGGAAUAUUCAAAGCUUAAGAAUAAGGAGAGGUUGUUCACUAAAGUUUUUACCACAAGAGAUUUGGGAAAUGCCACAGCUCAGAAACAUUGUAUCUUUAUACAGAAUAUUUUUACCUGAUCCUAUUGUGGGAAAAGAUGUCGUUGUUCUGAAAAACCUUCACUCCAUAGAUGGACUGUCUGAAUUCAAGUGUACCGAUCAAGUCAUUGCUCGAAUUCCAAAUCUGAAGCAUUUGAAUGUUCGAUAUAGAGACAAUGUCGGAGAGGUCCCCGAGGAAUGGGACUUUUUCCUAUAUAAUCUUUGCCAACUUCAGAAACUUGAAUCCUUGUGGUUAAAGGGCUGCGUGCAUAGCCUGAGCUUACCUAAUUCACUCAAAGAACUGCAUUUGAAGCAUUGCGGAUUCGCAUGGGAAGAUAUGUCGAUUGUAGGUUCAUUGCCUGCUCUCGAAAGACUUGAGAUAAUUGGUGUCAUGAAAGGGUCCGAAUGGGAGCCUGUCCAAGGGGAAUUUCUCUGCCUGAAAGACCUCACUGUAAAAUCGAACAAUUUAGUUUGUUGGGCAGCUGAUGCAGCUCACUUCCCGAUUCUUGAGCGGCUUACACUUUAUAAGUUACACUUAUUGGAAGAGAUCCCUUCAAGCAUCGGAGAUAUACCAACAUUAAAAUCAAUUAUUGUGAAGGGGUGCAGCGACUCUGUCGUCGAGUCGGUGAAGCAAAUAUGGGAGGAGCAGCACGAGAUGGGAAAUGAUAUUACAGUAGGCGUUGUUGACAAAAAUUGGCUGGUCAGAUAUCAAGUCGGUACUUUCACUGCAAGAAUGACUGGGGCUGCUUGUGAAUCACUCGCUUAUUUAAAAUGCCUACGGGAAAUACUUGAAGAGGUUACUGGACAAGGCGGCGAUUCUCUAGAUACAAAACAAGUCGAAUCCAUGCAGGAAGACAUCCAUUUCUUGAAGCACUUUGUGAAAUAUUUUCAUGUGAGUAAAAGCCAAGAAAUGGAAAGUCUAUUGGAAGAUAUAGAACAGGCUGUCCAAAUUGGAGCCGCUCUGACGGGCAGGCUACACUCGGACAUUCGCGAUGGCGUGAAAAUUCUGUUGGAUAAAAUCGACUUCAUAAAAGAUGCACUGUCUGUGGAGAAAGAGGAUGAGCAUGGUGAAGAUGUUCAAGAUAAUGAUGCAACAUCGUACGAUAUCAACUCAUUGGGGAUUAUAAUGUAUUAGUGAUAAAGAUACCAGAGAAUAUCGAAUUUGAUCCAUCACUGCAACAAGGAAAAAGAGUUUGUCAUUUUCGAACAUCUCUAGAACCGAUCUCCCAAAAAUGUAUGUGAUGAAGGCAACUCAUCCUUCUCUCUACUUGUCGAAGCCUUCACGAAAGCUGCAUAACAUUUUAAGGUGCAUAUCCGAGACAAUGUCCGAUGCUAAACAAGAGUAGGUUCGGACUUAGAUAGAAUUUCCCACGCUAAAGACAAAAAUUCUAGUAAUGUAACUUUUAUAAGGAAAGGUAUAUAAGAAUUUUCAAAAGCAGUAGUUUUCUAAAAAUAAAUGAACUGAGAUUUUAGCUAGUUAUAAAGGUUGUAUAAGAAAACAAUAUCAAUACAUAUAUUGGUUUUUUGCUAGUACUGGCAACGACUUAUUCUGCAUUUCCAACCCCAACUUAAAGAAAAGAAAAAAGUGAAUAUCUAUGUUUUCACUUGUAUCUAAUGAUUCCAAAUACAAUGUUAGGGUAUAUCAAAAUAAUAUGAGGCAAAUCUAUCCCGAGCUUUAAAUCCCCAAACUCGUUGUUUUAUAUCUUUAGAGCUCAAGCAAGCCUAAAUGAUCGAGUUUUCACCUUAGUGGUGGCUAGAUCUAGAAAAGUCAAUUUCCUAUCUUCUUUGACCUCUUGGACUUUGAUUAUGUCCUCCCCGCGGCGGAUAUGAUAUUUCUUUUGAAUAUAGGAUUAGAAUUUUGUUGGACGAUUUAUCAGAUUUUGGGCUUUGAAAAAUUUCACAAAUUUUGCGUCAAUAAAGCCCAUAAUAUUGUAGUUACUAAUAUAAGCAUUUCAAGUAUUAUUACAUAAAUUUUGACCCUAUUAUGAUAUUUGAACUUAAAUAGCAUAUCUUAAAAUGUCAUAAUUUUCUCCAAUAAAAAAUUAAUUGGAUCCAAGGAAAUUAAUGUAGAACAUUCCAUGCAAAAUAUAUAAUCUCAAGAUGAAUUUAAUGAAUAGGGAGUAUUAUAAUUUAGUCUUGUCUUGCUAAAUAGGUCUACAAUAGUGAAAAAAUAUAUACUUUGCAACUUACACUAAAUAAGCUUAGCAUAGUAACAAUAAAAUACUUUGAAAUGUAAUAAAAAGGGCUUAUUAGCUUUCAACCCUUGUUGCGUGACAUUUUAGGUUCACUCCAUGUACUAACAUCUAUGCAUUCAAGGCUAUGGUAGCAACCCAUAAUUUGGAAAAAUUGCAUUCCUGUGCAUGGUAGCAACAUCUAUGCAUUAUGUCGAUUGGGAUAGACAAAAAUAAAGUGAGAGAUUUUUUAAAUGGCCUUUCAAAAAGUUCCUGCUUAUUGAAUUAUCAUUACAAACAUU